CGGGUAAGUUCGAGGAGUGAUAACGUGAACCCAUACGCGUCCUCGUUAACUUGUAAAACAAUGACUUCAACCCCGCACAGCCGCAAAAAAGUGUGCUAUUACUAUGACAGUGAUAUUGGCAACUAUUACUAUGGACAAGGACAUCCUAUGAAGCCUCACCGUAUUCGCAUGACACACAACCUCCUCCUCAACUAUGGUCUGUACAGGAAGAUGGAAAUUUAUCGUCCACACAAAGCCACUCAAGACGAGAUGACCAAGUUCCACUCGGAUGACUAUAUCCGCUUCAUCCGCUCAAUCCGACCAGAUAAUAUGAAUGAAUACAACAAACAAAUGCAAAAGUUUAACGUUGGAGAAGACUGUCCUGUAUUUGAUGGCCUGUACGAGUUCUGUCAGCUGUCUGCUGGUGGCAGCAUAGCAGGAGCUGUCAAACUGAACAAACAAGCUUGUGAUCUCGCCAUCAACUGGGCAGGCGGGCUUCAUCACGCUAAAAAGAGUGAGGCAUCUGGCUUUUGCUAUGUUAAUGACAUAGUACUUGCCAUUUUAGAGCUUCUCAAAUAUCACCAGAGGGUUCUUUACAUUGACAUCGACAUUCAUCACGGGGAUGGUGUUGAAGAGGCCUUCUACACCACUGAUAGGGUCAUGACUGUUUCCUUCCACAAAUAUGGUGAAUAUUUCCCUGGCACGGGAGACUUGCGUGACAUAGGUGCAGGUAAAGGCAAGUAUUAUGCUGUCAACUUCCCACUGAGGGACGGUAUUGAAGAUGAAAGCUACCAAAGCAUUUUCGAGCCCAUCAUGACGAAGGUAAUGGAGACCUAUCAACCUUCGGCUAUCGUGCUACAGUGUGGAGCUGACUCACUUUCCGGUGAUAGACUGGGUUGCUUUAACCUCACUCUUAAAGGACACGCAAAAUGUGUUGAGUUUGUUAAGAAAUAUAACCUGCCUUUAUUGCUUCUCGGAGGAGGUGGCUACACCAUCAGAAAUGUAGCUCGAUGUUGGACAUAUGAGACUGCGGUAGCUCUCAAUGCGGACAUUGCCAACGAACUACCAUACAAUGACUACUUUGAAUAUUUCGGCCCUGACUUCAAACUUCACAUCAGUCCGAGCAACAUGGCUAACCAGAACACACCGGAAUACAUGGACAAAAUAAAGACACGUCUUUUUGAGAACCUGCGUAUGCUACCUCAUGCCCCCGGCGUCCAGAGCAUCGCCAUACCCGAGGACGGCGUGGCCGAGGAGAGCGACGAUGAAGACAAAGCAAACCCCGACGAGCGCAUCAGCAUCCGCGCCUCCGACAAGCGCGUCGCGCCCGACAACGAAUACUCGGACUCGGAGGACGAAGGUGGCGAUGGUCGCCGGGAUGAUCGCUCUUACAAGCUGAACAAGAAGAAAAAGAAUGGGGGAGCUGCUGGUGCUGAAGAAGGGGCGGCCAGUAACGGAGCUGAGAAGUCAGCCAUUGGAGCGGCAUCUGCUGUUGCGGAGAAAGAAGGCGGGGCGGCCGGGGAUUCCAAACAAGAAACAUGAAGCGGCUGAUAAUUAAGGAUUUUUCGUAAUCUUCUUAUCUUGUGAAUCGAGGUUUUUUAUUUCUCCGCUGAAUUUUACUUUUAUAUUCUUUUAUUGCUAUCACAUGUAAAUCUUUGAUGAAAUUCUACCUACUUGACACACUUGGCUCUGUUUGAAGAAACGUGCUCCACCAGCUCAGUUCUUCAUAAUGAACUGUAUAAAGAAACUCGUACAUAUAUAUAGAACAGAGUGCGUGCUAUAUUCCUUGUAUAUAUGCUAGAAUCGAGCUAUAUUUUUCUCUCAGCCAACCAAGUAUUCCAUUCAUAGCUCAUUUUUAUCGAAGUCGCAAGUCAGUAGGCUGUUAUGGUGUACAUAAUAAACCUGUCAAAUUAAGUCCAAAUUUUACAAUUGGACCACUAAAACGAAAAAAUUUUAACCAUGCGAAGUAUUAUAAUUCAGUGUAGAAUCCUCAUGUUUCAUAGCUGGUUGGCUAAGACGGAGAUUGCGAACAUAAUUUUCAUAGGGCCAUGUUCAUCGCUCAUAGACUUUGAAGCACACUUGUAGGUACCUUAAUUGAUAGAGAACGCGAAUUUGAGCGAGUGCCCACCUUUCUUCAAGUUUCGCGGCUGCGACUAGCCGCAUCAGCCAAAAUAGUGUGAAAUUUGCCCUCUUACUCAAUAUUGAUCAUUCUCGAUCGUCCUUUCUUUGGUCAAUGCCAGCGAAUGGAGUCACUCGAUGGUUUCAAGAGUUGAGACGAUGCUUGAUAUGUGGUCUACGGUUAUGUUCCAACAUCAAUUGCUCUCUAUAAGCGGAUUGUUAUCAAUUAUGACUUAUGGUUUCAUGAUUAUCUGCAAUUUAUUAGUUUUUCUUGGCAGCACUUGACAUUUAUUUGUCAGUAAUCAUGUAAAUGCCAGUGUUGACCUUUGAAUAUGAUUGAGAGCCUUCAUAUUAGUUUCAUGCCAUGUACCGGUUACUCCGAAUACGUGUUCUCAUGAAACCGGAUUUAUCGUUUCGACCAUCACUUUUUACUUCAUUCAUAAAUCUAGCAUUGCUUAUUAGAAGACUUUUUUUUAAUUGGGCGAGCGACAUUUUCCCUACCAGUGUAUUUCCAGGUCUAUUCGCUGAAUAUGGUUAUCCUUAGUUUAAUAUUGACCUUGAGAAUGUAUUCUCUUACCUAGAUGUAGAAUAUUCAUAAGAUUUAUUUAUUCAAACCAGUAUAGAAAAUUCCUUAGAAACGGGUAUCCUAGGUAUCAGAACUCGACAUUUUUAUUAACUGCAAAUGCCUAUUCAGCGCACCAUCCAAUUACGGAUUCAUUCGUUUUUUUUUUUCAUUGAAACCAGCAACAAAAUUUGUACUUAGUCUCUAUUUUCUCAACUUGUUGAGUCUUAAGGACAUUUUAAUUCGUUAAAAAUUCCUAAUUCUCAUUUAUGGUGUUCAAUAUUCAAUGCAGUUAAAUUUUAAAUCGUGACGUUAGUUUCGGUAUUUAAUGCACAAUACCCGUGUUCAUUUCGCUACUUGAACAUGUCUGAGGUGCUGUGACACCAUGCGGUUGAACUCAAUUUACUAAAAUGCCAUGUCGUGGGUUAUAAAUGUUCAUCAAGAAUCUGUCUUCGUGAUGCAAAUGGAAAUUUAAACGAUUGCUGCUCAGUGGGUAUGACUUUACUCGAAGAUAAAGCAACUAAUCUAGAUUAUUCACCUUACGAACAUUCAUUUGGAUUAGUUGCUUCAUCUUUUUAAACUUUGUUCUUAAAUACUUGGAAAAUAGACCGCUAGUUCUAUAAUUUUUGUUCGUUUACUUAUUUUCUCACUUUUAAUUUUAUUCCACGAAGUCAAUUUUGAAUAGCUGCGUGAAAGAAUAACUGAGAGCUCCCAAUUCAUGUUCGUACAUUUUUCUUAUGAUUGAGCAUUCCUGGUGCAAUCAAUUAUUAUUCACGAUACAAAUUAGGGAUUAUCAAUUGGCUUCUUAUUAAUUUUGUGCGCCUUUAUUAUCCGUUGUCUUUUGAUAAUGUGACUUGUUGCAUGAAACGAACUAUCCAAGCGAGUGGAUCCCCAAGCCCGGGCCAUACUUCCAGCUUGCACAGAUCAUCACUGCCGUUUUACUAAGUACUUGAUGUUGAUCCUUGAUGUAGUGUCGAGGACUGGAAAUAUUGUUUUAAUAAAUUGAACAUGGAAAA